UGAAGUAAAGAGUAAAGAGGCCAGAUAGGCCCUAGCUAGCCAAUUUUCUCAUCGCUUUUGCUCCUUCAGACGGGGGAAGAGCAUUUUGAACGCUUCUCAGACUGUUCGCAAGUAAUCGAAGAGCCAGGAUUCGAAUCCUGGUUGGUGAAAAAGUUGCAGUUACUUUUCUUUUUCAUCUGUUUUCCCUUGGGGCCGGUAGAUCUGGAAAUCCAUAAUAAUGGAGUUGGAUUUAUGGAUCGAGAGGGUAAAAGGCGGGGAUCAUCUCACAGAGGAUGACCUCAAGCUUCUCUGCGAAUACGUCAAAGAAAUAUUGGUGGAGGAAUCAAAUGUACAACCUGUCAAUAGUCCAGUGACUGUUUGUGGAGAUAUACAUGGUCAAUUCCAUGAUCUGAUGAAACUUUUCCAUACAGGAGGUCAUGUGCCAGAGACAAAUUAUAUUUUUAUGGGAGAUUUUGUUGAUAGAGGAUACAACAGCCUUGAAGUAUUCACAAUUCUUUUAUUAUUGAAAGCAAGAUACCCAGCCCAUAUAACUCUUUUGCGAGGGAACCAUGAAAGUAGGCAGAUAACUCAGGUGUAUGGAUUCUAUGAUGAGUGCCAGCGGAAGUAUGGGAAUGCAAAUGCAUGGCGAUUUUGUACUGAUGUAUUUGAUUACCUCACAUUAUCAGCAAUCAUUGAUAGAAGGGUCCUUUGUGUUCAUGGAGGGCUUUCACCUGACUUACGAGCAAUUGAUCAGAUUAGAGUCAUUGACAGACAUUGUGAAAUACCACAUGAAGGGCCCUUUUGUGAUUUGAUGUGGAGUGACCCAGAAGAUAUUGAAACCUGGGCAGUUAGUCCUCGUGGUGCUGGAUGGCUUUUUGGGUCUAGAGUAACUUCUGAGUUCAACCACAUCAAUGACUUGGAGCUUGUCUGUAGAGCACAUCAACUGGUGCAAGAAGGUCUUAAGUACAUGUUUGAAGACAAAGGUUUAGUGACGGUUUGGUCUGCCCCAAAUUAUUGCUACCGUUGUGGCAAUGUAGCUUCAAUUUUGAGCUUCAAUGAAAACAUGGAGAGAGAUGUGAAAUUCUUUACCGAAACUGAGGAGAAUAACUCUAUGAUGGGAGCCCGAACUGCGGGUUCAUAUUUUUUGUAGAAAAUAUUUAAAUAUGCUUCAUGAUUCAUGACUUUUGUAACUUGUAAUAUAGAUGAAUGGGGGUCAUGUCUCUGUGUAUUGUAAUACUUUGCAAAUUUUUAUGGAUUGUUGUUAUGAUAAUAUAAAUAUUUGAUAGCCAGAUGGUCGUUUGAUUC